CAAUGUUGAUCUUUAGGCCCACUUAUAUACAAACCCUUAAAUUAACGCUACCUUUAUCCAGUUCUCUGAAUAUGGUAAAACUGUAUUAUUUAUCUCUCUGACGGACUGUUUUAAAUGUAUAAUAUACAGCCUGCAUUUAUGUAAACAAGAAGAAGAUGACAAUGUCUGAGCGACUGUUUGUGUUUGUUAAGUUUGUUUACACUCUGCUAGUCUGCUAAAAGAGAAGAAUAACAUGAAGUGAAGUAAAGUUGAGUAGAGUUGAAGAAAUUGUAAUUACACAAAUUACGAUUAUUUGCUAUAUUGUACACAGCUAUAAUUGUUUACUCCACUAAAAUUCAGAUUCUGAUUAAUAGAUCUUUAUAGGUUCAAGCACCAGGUGUAAACGGCCGUUUCAACAGAACAAUCGAAAUAAUGGUGGAACCAACGAAGACAUAUAUUUCAAAUUCUGAUUCUUCGAGAGAAUUAGAAGCACUGUCAGCGCAGCUAGACAAUUUGGUACAAGAAGAAAGUUCAAUUAGAAAAACUUUGGAGUAUGUGAGAAUUGCCAAACAGCGAAAUAAAAUUGAAGAAUUGGAAAUAAAGAGUAAAAUAAUGGAGGUAAAGAAUAAAUUACCAAGAACCCGAUCCCAACCAAAAGCAGUUAAUAAUAAAGCUUCUGAAGUGGUACAAGACAGUAGUGUAACACUUUGUGAUGACCCCGAAAUUGUAAACAAAACCAGGUUGGACUUGAAUGUUGAAUAUGAUUAUCGUUACCAGUACCAAGAGGAAGAAGAAGAGAGUGAAGAAUCAGAUUGAAAAUUCACAUUCAUUGAAUUAUUAACUCCAGAUGCUUCAUGCUAAUAGAUCUAGCUUGAACUUUCACUUGAAAGACUUGAGAAGAUUUCAGAAGAUUCAAAUAUGAGUCGAUUGUCUGUGAUUUCCAUUAUAAUAUUGUAUACUACGAUGAAGUUAACAAAGAAUACAUUUUAAAAAUUGUAAAUACUUUUUUUAAAGUUUUUAAUAAAUGUGUUUAAAAAAUAA